AUGAUGUGGAGAGCAGCACGAUCGAUGCGUCUCUUCGCGCACGGCGCCGACCCUGCCGGCCUCCUGCAGACUCGGAGACUGGGACCUCCACUCGAGAAGCCGGAUGCCAUGCGCUUGCUCAUUGUUUGGCACUCCAGGACUGGAAUGGCGAAACAAAUGGCAGAGGCGCUUUACACGGGUGCGCUGAAGGCGAUGCAAGACAUGGAAGCCGCAGAGACCGACUUUGCGAUCGACCUUCUCCGUGCCCAGGAUGCGCAGGUGAGCGACCUGCUGUCGGCACACGGCUUCCUCUUUUGUGCACCGGAGAACCUCGCUUCAAUGUCGGGUGAGAUGAAAGAGUUUUUCGACCGCUGCUAUUAUGGAGCCCUUGGCAGAUUGAACGGACGGCCUUUCGCAUUGGCCGUUUGCGGAGGCUCAGAUGGCGAAGGUGCAGCGAAUCAGAUGGCCCGCAUCUGCAGGGGCUGGCGAUUGAAAAAUCUGGCAGUGCCUUUGAUUCUCAGAAGUGGAGCGCAAACUCCUGAAGCAGUGGCUGCUGCGAAGGUCUUGGACACCAGCGGAACCGAGAAGUGCAUGGAUCUAGGUGGUCUGAUGGCGGCCCAUAUGCUGCUGGGGGCCUUUCUUGGCAAGUUUCAAGACGGCCUCGAGAUGGCCACUGGCGGGUCGUCGACAGCUGGGCAUAGCAGAGCAGCCAAGCGGAGUGGGGCCUUGCAAGGAUACUGGGAGACCUUCCUCAGGCAAGUCUUUCAUUGGCCGAUUUUGCUCAAUGCGAUCCGCCGAUCAUUUGCUCAGGCAUUCUUGGGAGGCACCCCAAGCAUCCCAGCUCGGUGCCCGAAUCAAGGAACUGGAGGUGGCUCUUCGUCAGGAACAACUGGAAAGUUCCCGUCGCGCAAUGGCCAUUACCGAUCUGACUAUAUUGAGCGCAAG